CCACCAACGCAACCGCAACCAUGGCCAGUUCGGAUCCCGUCUUCUCUUACUCGUCCCUGGAGGAUGACUUCAACUAUGGAACCAGUGUGGCCUCGGCCAGCAUCCACAUCCGCAUGGGUAGUGUCAGAAGUAGGACUUGAACCCAGAUCUUCCACACUGAGGCCAACUCUGCUAUAUCACCUUGACUGUCAUAGUUAAAUUAGUCUCUCAGGUAAGAAUUCUUAGUCUUUUUUUCCUUCUGUCCCUUAAUCUUUUUCUACCUAACACAGGUAAAUCAGACUUUUGAAUGAUAGUAAUUAAAUUGCCCCUUUCCUUAGAUAGGCCAAAGAGUGAGAGACUGACUGCCUUGAGAACAGAGAUUUAAAUUGUAGAGUACUAGGAGAUGAAGAUAGGAUUGUUGACGUCUUUAAAUUAAAUUUGCUCUGUGGUAUAUUAGACAAAGGAUCCUAGAGUUUAUUCUUAACUGUUCAUCUUUUUCAUGGUAGGGAAAGUUGUCAUGACUGGGAGUCAGUAGUCUAUCCAGAAAGUACUUGGCAGAGGUAGUCUUUUAUAGGCUUGUUUUAGUUUUAAAGGUGAGAAGAUUUUGAUUUUGGAAGGGAAUGGAAAAAUUACUGAUAUGUUUGUGUGUUGAAUUAUUUGAGGAUUGGAGGCAAGAUUGGGAGGAGAGAGGAUAGUGAGAUUUUCUUGUAGAAUGGGGGGAUAGGAUUUUAGUGUCAGGAAAAAAACUUGGAAGUUUUUGGAAGAACUAGUCCAAUCCUUAAAGGGACUUGCACAGGGUUAACGAGUUAGGAGUUGGGCCAGAAUCAGGAUUCCAACACAGAUCUUUUGACUCAACAUUGGGAUCUUCCUACUGUAUUACAGUGCCUCCCCUGUGAUAUGGAUUUGGAAGUUUUUGGAAGAACUAGUCCAAUCCUUAAAGGGACUUGCACAGGGUUAACGAGUUAGGAGUUGGGCCAGAAUCAGGAUUCCAACACAGAUCUUUUGACUCAACAUUGGGAUCUUCCUACUGUAUCACAGUGCCUCCCCUGUGAUAUGGAUUUGGCAAUUGGAAGCUGGAAUGGAGAAUCUUUUUUUUUUUUUUAAACUACUGAGCCACUGAGCCACUCCCAUAUGGGACACUGGAAAUAGCAUAGACUCUGGUAUCAGAGGACCAGGAGUCAGUCACAUGACAGUUCUGAUGUUUCUUACCUGUAUGAUCCUGAAAAAUUAUUUAAUCUCCCUGGGCUUCAUUUGCCUCAUCUGUAAAAUGAGGAAGACUUGAGUCUGGUUGGAUGGUUUCUUAAGGCUUUUCCAUAUACAGGGCCUCAAUCCUUGUUUAAAAUUUUCUUGAGGCCUUAGGGUUGAUGGUAUCCUGUAACAGUUAGAUACUAUCCUGCUACAAAGGAGAGGCUAUCUUCAGCUGUCCUCUGUUACCCUGUGGUUGUGUUCCUUUAUUGCACAAAAAAUAUCCUCAAGGGCUCCUGGGGAAACAAAGCAGGGGGAAAAAAACCAUCUAGUCAUGGUAUUUAGAGCCCCAGGGAGAUCUUAGAGAUAAGCUAGUUUAGUUUAACCACAUCAUUUUACAGUUGAAGAAAUUGAGGUUUAGAGAGCUUGAAUAACUUGGCUGAGGUCAGAGAGUUAAUUAAUGGGAGGACUGAGUCUGGAUCCUCAGAUUUCUAUGCCAAGCCAGUGUCAGCUGUUUCUCUGGUGUGGUAGGUAGGUUACUUUACAUCUCUGGUGAGCCAGUGAAUCCCACCUUUCUUUAGGGUCUGUCACUAUUGUUGCAUUCUGAAGACCCUUAGAGACUUGUUUGCUCCCAUAUCAUCUUUAUUUUGUUUACCAGUAGCUCUCUUCUCUUCUGAUUAAUUAAGGUAGUAUGUGUGUAAAGUGCUUUGAAAACUUAGUUUUUGGUCAGGUUAUCUAUUACUUGCCAGCUGUCACCAUUUUGAAUUCCUCUAUGAUUGCCACCAUUUAUAUAAUAACUCUGGACAACAAUUCAUUUUGCCAUCUACCAAUCUCUUCCUAAUUUCUUCUUUUGUCAGCUUUUAUGAUAAAAGUUUCUUUCUAUAAUUCUCACCAGCCAAUAAGGGCACUUAGCAGACUAUACCAUCAGCAUAGUAUCUUAUCUCAGCAGAUUGACAAUGUAGCAAAUGUAUUCUUCAAGCCUUUGGUGACUUUCCCUGUUCAAAGGUCCUUUCUGGGUCAUCAAGAGAUGUCAGAAACAUUUGACUCCCAUUUAGCUCUGUUCCAGAUGCCCAUGUAAUCCUCAUGUAAUCCUUGUUUUUCUAUCAAUCCUCUGUGGAGGAUCAGCUCAAGAUGUUGACAGCCUGCCACUUUGAUAACUAUUCUCUUCUUCUCUAGGCCUCUUUCCUCUUCUAACUGGUACUAUUCUGUAGCAGAUAUUAAGCAUCUGCUGUGUGCAAGAAAAGUAUUAUGGAAGACAAACACUUUUCUUUUAAAUUGAGAAAAUGUGAUCAUUAAGGGCAAAGAUGAGAUCUAGACGAUUAGUGCUGUGGGAAAACUGAGGGAGUGAGAUCAUUCUUAUGAAAAAGAAGAACCUCAUAAUAUAAUUUUGCCUUUUCCCCCACAGGGAAUAUAAGAUUGCUUUUUGUAUGUGGUAUUUUACUGAUCUUUUAUUUCUGAGUUCUGAGAAGUAUAAAGGUGAAAAUUAAUGGUUGGCCAAUAAUUUUAUGAAAUUACGUUUUCGCCAAUAUUAUGUCUUGAGUCAGAAGUUUAUUUACAAAAUAGAGAGGAAACAAUAAAGUAGAGAAAUAUGAAGGGGAUAGAAAAGUUAUAUAUCCUAUCUUAAUCCAGGCAGAGGUUAAUUAGCUCUCAACCAGGAAGGCCAGUAGUGAGUAAUUCCUCCAAGAUGGAAGCUGGUCUCUCCAGAAACUAGGAAAGGAAUCAACCUUUUGCUCACCCCACGAAGUAGUCGAGGAGUCAGAGUCCAAGUUGAAGCUGAGCUCCAAGCCCAAGAUCCAAGCCACAAUCUCUAGCUAAGCUCCCUCAAAGACUCUCUCCAGUCAGGAGACUAUCUCCACAAGACUGACUCAAGAUGCAGGAUUCAUGGCUUUUUAUGGUGACUUCUCAUCCUUGCCCCUCUUUAUAGGGGCUUAUCACAGUUUUCAAAUUGUCUAGCUCUGCCCAGAGGGCAGUGUUUAUGAAGCCCAGUUCUUGCCUUCUGGAGGGGUGAAUGCUCAUCAAAAGGGUUCACAGAUUCCUGGCUGAUUGAGUUUCUGAGGGUGUAAAUUCUGAUCAUAGGAUUCACAAGUUUGGGACUGAGUUAAAAAGGUGGAGCUCUCUAAGUAAGUGAUUUGUGAAUUUUCAGAGUACCUUGCUAGCUUCUCACCUAGUACUAAGUAGGGUGUUCAAUUUUUUGUUGAUUCAAUUCAAAAGUAGAAGAAGGAGAGUUAAUUUUGUCCUUACAAUCUAAGUAGGGGUACUAAAGUUAGUUUUUUUCCCUAGUUUUUUUCUUUUUUUUUUAAAUUUUAAACAUUAUUUUAUUUGGUCAUUUCUAAAGUUAGUUUUAAUUCAAAGUAGACAAAGGGAAUAAAGGUUUUCCUUUCACAAGUGUAAACUCCAAGAGAACAAAGAAUUCCCUUUUACAGAAGGCAAAGGAUAAGGAUUAAAAGAGCAUGGAUGUAGAUAAGAAAUGUUAAAAUGGAAUUGGAACCCAGAUCCUCUAACAUAAGAAUUAAUUUCAUUCAAGGGAGACCUUUUUAUUUUAGAAAGCUUUUGAGUUUUUUUGAAGAUUAUAAUACAAUUGAAGCACUUUGAAAUUCAUUUCACUCACAUUAUCCCUGGAAAAUCAAUUUUCCAGAUUCUAGAAAAUGCAGUUUUUUAUUUCAGUUCAUUUAGGAAAAAAAUAUUAAGAGAAAGGGAUACUCAGAAGCAUAGAGAACUGUCAGGAAAAGAGACAAGAAAAAAUACACAAAAAGUCCUUAUUUCCUGAGCAUGCCAGUUAACAGGUGCUAAUUAUGUCAUAAGAAGACCAUAGAACUUAAGUAUAUUCAUUGAGUAUAUGAGGCCAUAAUGUGUUACAAAGUAGAGAUACUGUCACAUAAAAAUUACCUGUCUCAUAAAUGUCAUAUGAACCAAGAAUACUAGCAAUAAUAUCAAUUAAACAUAAUUUGCUUGUCACAGAAUAUAGAAUGGCCUUUUGGGGAUGCUCAGAUUGGUAUUGGGUUCUUAAAGUUGUCUUUAUUAGUUUGGGGAUAAGAAGUAAAAUGACUGCUUGAGAAAAGAACUGGAGUUUCAAGCAGAGCUGAGAGAGUGUAUUAAUUUCAGAUGUGACAAUUAUAACUGUUUUUCUAUGUCAAUUACUCUCUCUGGCAGUUGACAGAGAGACACACUCUCAGAGACUCUCUUGGCUGGAGGAGGUAAUGUCUUUGCCUCUCCCUGUGUGAGGGAACGAUCUGAAGGAGCUCAGUGUUUUUUUCCCCCAACUUGAGAAACACUAUUGAAUAAAGAAAAACCUGGUCUUGAGUUUGGACAAUGAGUCUAUUAAGACUCAGAGUCUUAACUGGAUUCUUGUUGAGACUCGACCUGCUAUUUUAUAAUUUGAAGACAAAGUUAUGAUUUAUAAGGAUAUUAGCAGUAGUUUUUAUUUAGAUAGUUUAAAUUUGGGUUAAUCAGAUCAGGGAGGAGUAGUGUAGCCUGUGGAACACAGGAGAAGUGGUUCCUUGCGGAACCUGGGAGUUUAUUUGGGUGAAUUUAGAAUGCCUUAGAAUUAGAGUUCUUGGCCUUUAAACUGUUAUUUUCUCUUUGAAUUGUUUCCCACUUUUCUUGCCAGAAGGCUUCCAUUUUUUUGAUAAGCUCCAAUUAAAAUUCUUCAAGAGCUUGUGGACAAUUUCCAUUUUUUGGGAAGGUUUUGGGUUUAUUUGAAUUUCCUCCUGUAUAUCCUCUGUAGCCUGGGUUUUUCCUCCAUAAAAAAUUUCUAGGGUCAAUGCCUUCUUUUUGUUUUUCUUGGAGGGAGCUUGUUGCUCCUGGGCACAAUUUGCCAUCACUGUGGAGGUUUUUUCCUCCUAUUUUAGUCAGAAAUCUGAGUGAGAUGGGCAGGCUCUCUCUGUAUGGAGCUAAGGAGCAAGGAUUUUCUCUGAGGCAAGUUCUCGAAUCUCCGUAGCUUCUGCUAUUUGCAGCUCUUCUCUGUGAUAUCUUCCCAUGAGCGCCCAGAGUCUGCGCUCUUCAGCCUGCUGCAGUUUCAGGUGUAGCUGCCUUCAGGGGUAGGUUUUUGGUAGUCUUAACUCUCAAGGACCCAGAGGUGCCCCUUACUGUGGAAGAGGCAUGAAGGAAGAGAGAUUUUUAUGCAUGCAAGAGAGUAAAGGUCCUCAGAUGUCAAUCAAGAAAGAAUAUUUCAAAUAGAAUGUUCCUGGGAAAGUCAGUUGGAGCCUGGCCAGGAGAUGAACUGAGAGACUGCCUUGGUUUCUGACCAAGGGAGAGACUAGCUUCUUCUGUCCUAGGGGUUGAUCCUGGGGGUUAGGGGUGGGGGUUCUGGAGCCAGGCUGAGAAGAAAUUAACAUUUGUUGGUGGCUUUGUGUAAUUGGAAGAAGAAAAGAAGAUUAAACAGUUGUCCUCCCAUCUUCUUAACACUCUUGUGUCACAGUUGUGACAGGACUGCUAUUUCCCCAAAUCCUUCUAACCUUCCUUAUAGACUAGGGACAACCCUAACCCUCUUACCUCAUCUUACCUCAGUCCUCCAUACUGUUGGUCCCAAUAAACCCCCUUACUUGAGAAAGGAAGAGAAGAGUGUUUCCUCGUAAACCUCAGAAUCCACUCAAGGGGGAGGAGCAAAGCCAAAGGUUUCAGAAGAGGGUGGAGAAGGGAUUGAGGGAGGAGGAGGGUAGGAAAAAUAUUAACCUAUUAGUCAUCAGUAAUGAUCAAUAGGCAACCUCAGAAUAUCUUUCUCUAAUAGCAUUUCUUUAUCUCUCAGAAGUAUUCCUAUCUCUAUUAUAACUAGGCACUCACAAGUUUCCCCUAGUAUCUCUCUAGCAAAGCCAGAGUAUAUCAUUUACUGCAACUAGAAAUAGUUCCACAGAUUAUCUUUUUCUAAUACAAUUGGCACCUCGAAGUUUGACUGAACCCCACAAUCCUUAGACAGGCAGAGUAGAAUAAGAAAGAAACAAUGUUUAGACAAGUUAUUUGUGGAACUGUGAUUGUUGCUGUCAUCACUUGUUUCUGGGUCUACCACAUAUUGUACAGCAGAAUGACCCAUAUGAUCGUGGAAACUAUUGAUUAUAUAGGCAACAUUACAAUGUCUAUUUUGCAGUUGCCAUUCCAAAAUGAACUGGUACUCUGGCAAGUCCAAUGAACUGGUACUCUGGCAAGUCCUGGCUCAAGUGUAUGUGCUCUUUAUGGCUGUCCUUCAAACUCUAACCCAAGUGAAGAAGAUAUUUAGAUUUGUGAUUCUCCUUAAGGCAGAAAAGAUACUGGCUAUUGAUAACAAUCUGGAAAGCAUGAUUAAGGCUGUGUUUGAGCAAUUGGUUAAGGGAAAAGGGCUAGAUCAGGUUUUGGGCAAGGACAAUGGGCAAACAGAGAGUGUACCUAAGGAAAAUGAAGGUGAAAAUGAGAACAAGCCUGAUGGUGAACCUGAGAAAAUCUGUCCACUAGAAGAGGUCACCAAAUUGUCCAGUAAUGCUGGUGUGCUACACUCCAGGACCUAUAGACAAUUCACCCUACAGGAACUUGAAUCCAUAAAAAGCCAUUUCCCAAAAUUUGUAGAAAAUUCUUUCAAAUCUCAAAAGGCGUUGAAACGAGCUUUCAGGAUCUUUGAUCCUAAUUUUGAAGAUGUUGAAUUCCUACUAUCAGAACUGUUCAGCCCCCAUGAACAGAGACAAUUCUUGGAAAAGACAAGAUCUGAUAGUAACCUGACUAGCUGGCCAACUGUGGAACAAAGGGUAGAUAGGAACUUUGCUAACCCUACUUGCAUGUCCUACCUAAGAAAAUGCAGGGAAGAUUUGCUUCAGGCCAUAAAAUUAUGCUGUUCAAAACCUAAUGCAUGGGCUAGGUUUGAUAAGAUCUUGCAGAAUAAAGGGGAACAUCCUGCCACAUCCAUUGUCCAGCUGUCAGAGAUGGCAGAUUCAAUUUUAGGAAUAGAAGUUGAUAGCGAAGAAUCUACAAGCCAUGUCUGUAGACAAUUUCUGGGGGUUGUACACCUAAUUAAAAAAUUUUUUUUCAAGCACUAUUUCCCUAAGUAUGAUUCGGUCACUCUGAUAGAACUGCAUGAGACAGCAACUUAUUUACAUGAUAGUAAUACAGAACAAAGUAAACAAGUUCAGGACCUAAAAGAUAAGUUAGAAAUGACAGAGAAUAAUCUUAAACAAAAGGAGAUUGAAGAAAUCAUGAGACUAAACACGGUUAAGACUUACACAACAUCUAGUUACAAGAAACCUAGUUACAAGGAAAAACCAGUGCAGAAAGAAACUAGGGAAUGUUUCUUUUGUCACAAAAAAGGUCACUUGAUUAGAAAUUGUUUUUUAAAGAAGAAAUAUGAGAUUAACAAUAAGAACACACAAAAUUCACAAACUAGAUACAAAAAGUCCUCUUGUUCACAUUGCACAUUAAAAUCCUCAAAGCAAGCUAAGGAUUUGCAAGAGAUGCAACAUGCAAUUACCUCUGGAGCAAACCUAAGUACUCUGAUAUGAUUAGGAAAGAGUUAUGAAGCCAGGCCCAUAAGAUAUAUAGGGUGACAAAUGGAGAUAGAAGAAUUAGUGAGAAUGAGGCUGUAGUUAAAAGUAAUAGAAAAAAGUUGGGAAAUGGUGAAAAUUCUGUGCAAGAACGUGAAUCUCUGCGUGAUAGCCAUUGCAAUAAAAUAAAAGAAAGGCAGAGACAGAUUAAAGAGACAGAAAUAGAAAUAAAAGGAAUUAUCUCAGAAAUUGCAACUGAGAUAAGAGACUUUGGAAAGAGCUGCACAGUAACUACACAGGAAAAGAAUUUAAAGGAAAUCAAAUCUUUCUUAGAGAACUUUUUUCCAGUGUAGAGUGGAUAAUGGUAUUGAAUUAUGCAAAAGGGAAGGAAAGAGUCACAAGAAUUCAAGAAAGAGUUUGUGAAUGAUACAGAGACACAAUUUCAAUUCCCUAGAGGUAAUUAAAGAAGAAAAUAUAAAGGCUUUAAAAACAUUCACAGAUGACCUCCCACCAAACUUAGUUAUUUCUGUAAAUAGCUUUAUGGCACAAGUACCCAUAGAAAAUACAUCUAAUUUGAAUCCAGAAGCUGAAACCUUCCAUUCAGCAAGGAAUGAUUUAGAUAAGGAAAAAUUAACUGAAAAAGAAGCUGAAAUUACUUUUGAACACAAUAAUCCUAUUCAAAGUAAUGGAGGUGAGAACAGUUAAAUUUGAAUAUGGGGAUGGAAUGGCAGUCUUAGUAACAACCGAGGAUUCAGUUAGUGCCAAUGUUCUAAGUGGCAGAGGGGUAUCUGGCCAAAGCAACAGCUCUGAUUUAGGUUCAUGUUCCAGUGUAGUAGAGAAUACAACCUCAAAUGUAGACUUCAUAGGAAAAGUAAUCAAAUUAAGAAGAAUUAGCUGAACUACACAUACAACUGGCAGAGAGUAGCAAAGAAAUGGACAAUGAUUUAGUGGUUAUGAACACCUUAGCUACAAAGUUAGCAGAUGUAUGUUGUACUGGGGGAUAGAAUGAAGCAACGCAUCCUACUGAUGAUGCAGGGAGACAUGCCAACUUAUUCCCAGAAGAAAAUGAUGAAGUAGCAGGAAAGAGUCCUAUCUCUACACAGUCAAAUGAGAAUGAAGAUAAACAUAAACCUCAGAAUAGUGGUAGAAUAGGAUCUAUGAUUGUUAACAUUAUAGUGGACCUGCAAGAAGAAGCUAACCCCAUACCAUCAAGUUUACCAAAUCAGAAUGAAAUUCUAAAGCUUAGUAGUGAGAAACAACCAGAAACUGAUUUGGGAAAGACAGAAGCUGCUGACAUAGGCUUAGAUCAAAAUGCAAAUCCAGGGUUACCAACAUCUGACAAAAGUUUACAUGACACUGAGCGAGAUCCAAAUAACAUAGUGAAUGGAGUCAGUGAUUUAGAUUCAGACACCGAAUCUGAAGGAAUACCAAAAGAUGUGUUAAUAAUGGAUGAAGAUGAUUUAGAACAAAUGCCUUAUCAAUUUUAUAAGCUUUAUGAAAAGGUAGAUGAAGAAGGGGAUGUGUGGGACAUCAGUGCGAAGACAGAAUACCUGGAACCAGUGCAAACAAAAUCUUACCAUGACUAUGAUGAGGAAUUAUUCUUUGGGCACAGAACAAGUUACAUACCAUUAGAAGAAAUGUAUGCAAGAUUAGGGGUUGAUAAUGAAGAUGACUUUAUAGAGAAGUUGAAUUAUAUGGCUUAUACAGAUAGAUUUUGAAUGGGAAGGAGAAUAUCGAAGAACAUAUUGAGAACUGGAGGAGGAGAGAUAGAUACACAAUUUCGCUUCUAUUCUCUAACUUCAAAAACAUGACAGGUACCAUUCAUGCUAUAACAGUGAAACCUAGAUUAGUUGUAGUUUCAUAGGGCAUCAUAAAUACUCAAAAAACCUUAUGAGAAUGAAGACUAGUCUUAGGUAGCAUAGAAAAUAAGUUAUUCCAACAAAUGAAGAACAAGUAAUUCAACAACAAGAACACUCCUAACCUUGUAGCAUGAAACUCCAACUUCAUAACUAGGACAGAUACAAAUAUCUUGAAUGCUAUGGAAGCAUGGAUUUGCAUUGGUUGAAUUUGUUAACAAAGACUUAACAGCAUAUUAUAAAUGAGAACUGAAAAAGUUUAUCCAUAUCUCUCAACCUUCAUCCUGAAACAGUCUCUGCGGGGGGAAGGAAGAGAGAGAGGGUAUACCAUAAAGAUAUUACUUUAUAUUUUCAGACACCUUACUAGACACAACAAUGUGAUCAUGUCAUCAAUGAAGAUACAUACAAAUGACAUCUGAGAAAAAAAAAAAACUCCUAGUCAUGAAAAGCAACAUGAAUAGCCCAAGAAGAAAUCAAAAGCAUUCUUGUGAAUGAAAGCCUACUGAAAACACAGGAAAGCACAUGAGAGUACUUGCCACUAGAAUACAGAAGAGAGAGCUCUGCACAUGUUGAAAUGAUGAAAGGAUAGCACCCCUGAAGCAAAUACAGUUUCACAAAGAAAUGCAGCCAGUAACACAGACAAAAUGAAAACAUUAGCAGCCAUAAGAAAAAAAGCAUAUAUAUAUAUAUAUAUAUAUAAAUUUUAUACGAAGUCUCUGCCAGCCAACCAUAGUAACAGAACAUAAAGAAACAAUGUUAUUUCAAAUGAAUACAUAAUUAUUUAAAUUCUAUCUCUAAGAAAUAAGUAGUGUAAGUAUCCAAGAAAUGAUUACAGUAACCAUAUAAUAAAUCUUGUAGUCACACAGCAAAAGAGUAGAAACAACUUCAAAUCACUAUUCUUAACAAAAAUCUUGAGAAUCUAUGCAUAAUGCUCAUACCCACCCAUGUAAAACACAUGUAAAGCUUACUUGCAUUCAUGAAGAUGUACAUAUGCAAAUCUUACCCCCAUGCAUGGAGUGAACACAUGUAAGGCUUACUUUCAAACAUGAAGAUUGACAAAUUCUGACAAACAUUCAUGAAGAUUUCAACUUACUACCAUGCACAUGUAAAUUUCACUCUAACAUGCAUGCACCCGUAAAAACCUAACAUGCAUACAUGUCCCCGUGUGUUCCUGGUUCCUGAUUAUUCCAGUGGAUCCUGAUUUGAAGAACACGUCUUCAAUCAAGACUGGAAAGUGAUGACUGGCAUGCUGACCAGAUGGAGGACCAGAGAAAAAGAAAGAGUUUAUGCAAGCAACAUAAAAGGACAUGGAAGGACUUUGAGAUUUUGGAACUUUUGAUCAUGAGGAUAUGGAAGAAUGCAUCAUGCAUGUUAACAUCACAUACAUGCAUGUAUACGCUACAUAGGAUUACACUUUAGGAAGAUAUCUCAUGGAAUGGGUAAGUAUACAACCUGCAUAGUUGCAUAACAAAAAGACACUGAUAAAAAUUUCUGUGGAAAUUUCAUAAUAUUUAAUAUUAAUUAAUUAAAUAGUAAUAUUUAUUGGGAGAGAAGGGAGGAUUGGAAAAAUGGGGAUAAUGGGAGAUUUGUAUGGGGUAUGGAGUAGUUGAGGGGAGAGAGGGAAUAUUGCUCCGUGAAGCAAAGGAGAAAGAUGCCCCCUGCUGAGAGGAAGCAGCAGGAGUCCGAUAAGGACUGUUUGUCUUGGAAUGUCUGAACUGAAGUUCAGCUCCCUCUAUGACCAGAAAAGAUAUUCCACUUAUCUGACUGUGAAUUCCAAUAAUAUAAAGUUUAAUAACCAGUUGGGAUUGGAGUUUUUUCCUCAGCUUCACCAGAGUUGAGGCCAGGCCCCGAGGCUGGCGGAGGGUUCUCCCACUCCCAUCUAUUCUAUAUCAGUCCUGCUUAGUCUAAUUCAGAAUCUUAGCAGUAGACAGAAAGCAAACAAGAACAUUUCUAACCUUCAGAAGCCUGUGUCUUAGGGCUGAACAAAGUAGAGGCACAGCACACCAGACUGGGCUGAACAAGCUCCUCUCUCCUCCAACACCAGGAAGCAAGUCCAAAACCCGGAAGGAAGGAAGUGCUAGUCACAAGACCCAACUGCCACUCCCAGUUGCCCCUUCCCUCACAAGCUGUCAGUCUUGUUUCCUUUCCACAAAACAGUUAAAGAUAUUUCUUAUCUGCAUGAGUUUGCACAGAAAUUUAGAAUUAUGUACACAUGUAAAUACUAAUUGACUAACAAGCUAAUUUUAUUAGAAUAGUUUAUUAAUAUUCUAACUACUAACAUUAGUGAUGGCUUAGUGAAUUUGUUCAAGUUUUAAGGAAGUAGAGAGAGACAGAAGUUCUUACAUAUAGAAGUUAGAUUGCAUUGCUAUUGUAAGUUAGUUUGUUAGUGGUAGGAAUUUUCUUGGUUAAAUUUAUAGAUAUAAGGAAAUAGGACAAUUUCAUAUUCUGAAUGUUAGUGAAAUUGUUGGAAUGGUUUGAAAAAUUAUUAUGAGAUUUGUUAUGUAAAACCAUGUUCAUGCAAAUCCCUUACCUAAACCAUUUUUCCUAUACCAUUCUUAGCGUAGAUCUAGGUAGACAGAAUAGCUGUUAGGAUUUUGUUAUUUUGGGGGGGUAAGAGAAUAUUUCAAAUAGAAUAUAGUUAAGAAUAGAUAGAGUUAUAUUAAAGGUAAGAAUCAUUGAAAUUUGUGGAUGUGAAUUUCUUUAAAGAAAAAAGGGGGGAAUGUGAAAGAGGCAUGAAGGAAGAGAGAAUUUCAUGCAUGCAAGAGAGUAAAGGACCUCAGAUGUCAAUCACGAAAGAACAUUUCAAAUAGAAUGUUCCCAGGAAAGUCAGUUGGAGCCUGGCCAGGAGAUGAACUGAGAGACUGCCUUGGCUUCUGACCAAGGGGGAGGCUGGCUUGGUUUCUGACCAAGGGAGAGACUGGCUUCUUCUGUCCUAGGUUGAAAGACCCUUGGGGGGGGGCGGGGUUCUGGAGCCAGGCUGAGAAGAAAUUAACAUUUGUUGGUGGCUUUGUGUAAUUGGAAGAAGAAAAGAUUAAACAAUUGUCCUCCCAUCUUCUUAACACUCUUGUGUCACAAUUGUGACAGGACUGAUAUUUCCCCAAAUCCUUCUAACCCUCCUUAUAGACGAGGGACAACCCUAACCCUCUCACCUCAUCUUACCUCAGUCCUCCAUUCUGUUGUUCCCAAUAAACCCCUUUACUUGAGAAAGGAAGAGAAAAGAGUGUUUCCUCGUAAACCUCAGAAUCCACUCAAGGGGGAGGAGCGAAGCCAAAGACUUCGGAAGAAGGGUGGUGAAGGGUGGUAUUGAGGGAAGGAGGAGGGUAGGAAAAAUAUUAACCUAUUCCUCUCUAAUAGUAUCUCUCUAUCUCUCAGAAGUACCUCUGUCUCCAUUACAAAUAGGCACUGACAGGGUUUCCCUAGUAUCUCUCUAGCAAGCCAGAGUUAUUUUAUUACAAUUAAAAAGUUCCAUAAAUUAUCUUUCUAAUACAUUACUCACUCUAGCUGAUUCUGGUGCACGCUGGCUCUGAUUCUGGCUCUGUGGGUGGGGUGGGGGGGGUAGAUCAGCUCGCGGUUUUGGUGGGAGUUUUUUCACCCCUUUAUAGUGAGGAAAUGCCCAAAUCCCACGUACCUUCAAUGCUGCACCCUACUGUAGAGUCCCUUCGUUCAUAUCAAUUUGGGUUUUUUGGUCUUUUGAGGUAGUGUAAAUCAGUGGGUGCUGAGGAGAGGACGAGUCUUGUGUCUAGACUGCCACCAUGUUUACCCAAAGUUUCAAUCCCUUAGAAUUAGAAAUCCUUUAUUUAUCCUUAUAUAUUUCAAUAAAUAUUUUAUGUUUAUGAUCAGAGUCUCUUUAGUGUCCUUGUGCCUGGCCUUGAAGGGGAAGUAAGUUCACAUUUGAGCUUUACUUCAUCACUGAGGAUACUUUUGAUUACCUCUAUCAAAAGUAUCCGAACAGUUUGAACCUGAUUGGCGAGUUAAACAAUUUUGAAAAGUUUUGAACCUGUAUUGGAACUGUUUUUCCAUCUAAAUAUUUUAUUUAUAACUUGCAAAAUUUAUUUUUAUACAACUGAUAUCUUUUCAUUUCAGUUUUCCCAAAAAUAAGGCAAGACAUUCAGAAUUGUGACAUUAACCUUAGGGUCAGGCUCAGAUUGGUAGGUCCUCAAACAUUUGUUGAUGAUGAUGUUUUUCUCACAGAAUAUUGCUUUUAAAAUUGUGAACUUAAUUCUUUUCCUCAUCGUUUAUCUCCCUGCUUAGUUUGCUUUAAGCUAUUUGUACUGUUUUCUGUUGGGACAAAGCAUUGCCACCAGGAAACAGUAAGUAAUAGUUUGGUUGUUUUUGUUACUUAACAUGAAAACAACAAUAGUUUUUGCCUGUUUUAAAGUAUACAAUUCAACUUAUCACUUUCUAGGCUGCCCUGAUUAUCUGUACUUUCUUCUGAACUUCUGUUUUCAUUUAUGCAUUCUUAAAAGGGCU